CGGUACCUUGCAUUCCGACAGCUACGAUGAUUGGACCAAUUCCAGUAUCCCAGUCCAGAGCCCCACCUCUGGUAGGCAAGGCUGGUGAGCUUCUCCAAUGUAAGCUUCUUCAUUCCAUCCCAGUCUCAUCAGCCUCUUUCACCUCUCUCCGUCCACAGUGACCAACGCCCACACCCUUCGACAUGGCGCCCGUUAACGCCGGAAAGCGCGUCAAGGGCGUCCAAAUCCACCGGCCUUUUAUCUACGGCACCACAGCGCGCCCCUUCAACGACACCGAUAACGUGCGCCCGCCCGGCGUCCCUGCCGACCAUACGCAUUCAUGGACUGUCUUUGUCAAAGGCGUCGAAGACACCGAGAUCUUCUACUGGCUUCGCCGCGUGCAAUUCAAGCUUCACGAAUCGAUCCCAAACCACCUACGCACCCUUGAUGCAGAGACCAUCAGCAAAGAAAACGAGACCAAGCCGCCCUCCAAGCGACAAAAGGGCUUCGCGGUUCACGAAACGGGAUGGGGCGAGUUCGAAAUCACCAUCAAGCUGUACUACGACAGCAAGAGCGGCGAGAAGCCCCAGACGUUGUAUCAUCACUUGCGCUUGCACCCUUACGGACGGACCGAGGCCGAGAAAGAGGCCAUGCGGAAUAAUGGGACGGGCGAAGUGGUGGCCUGGACGUACGAGGAGCAACUCUUUAAUGAACCUUACGAGGAGUUCUACAAGAUUCUGACCACGGGCGCUCGGGACAAGGGUACCCCUGCUCCUGGCGGUGGAGGCAAGGGGAAGGGCAAAGGGGGUAAGGUUGCCGCUGCUGAAGAGAACAACGUCAAAGGUGAUGUCAAGGAACGCAGCGCCAUGAUCCCUCUGCAGACGCGGCCCGGGCAACCGUUUAGCCGUGAAGCAGAACAGCUCGAGAUAAAGCGGAUUCGGGAGGGCGAGGAGAAGGUGCAGGACAUGAUUCUGCAGAUGACGCGAUCGCACAAGGCCAAGGAGGCGGAGCUCGCCGCGCUGAAGGAAGCCAAUGCUGCGUAGGGAGACAGCGAGGGUGCCCGAGGCGGAGGCGGUAAGACGAGGAAGAGGAGUCUUCUCGUCAACCUUAAGGUGGAGAAAAAGGAGAGCCUGGCCAAGCGGGGGGGGAAGAAGACGGCGACGAUCAAUGCUCAUAGGAUGUCCAGGAGUGGAGGACAGUGAAAUUUGGUCAGUGUUCGAGUUUUGCUACACGUAUCCCCUGAUUGGCAACCAUGGAAAAGAGGUUCAAGGGGACAUUGUGUGGAUUUUGCUUGCUGGUCAUGAAUACCCGAUGAUAAUGGCGUUUCUGGUGUAAAGGAGGGUAUAGCCGGCUCUGGCCUUCUACUGUAGCUAUUCGCAUUGUCUAGAUCAUUCCUGUAGAGGAAAGCAUGAUUCAACAUGUCUGGAAUCCUGUAUGCGAUCCGUUCUCACGGUCAUAGAACACACAAAACAUGGGU